AUGGUGCAGACAGAACCAACGACUCCGUUACGAUCCAGUGACGCGGUGGAGAGAGUUGGCACCAUCACGUUCUCUGAACCUCCACCACUGAGACCAAUUGGGGUGGGGGUUAUAGAGGAUGGGGUGAAUGAUGGGGUAAGACCUAUGGUAGAGCUGCUGGUCCUGGCGCUGGCCCUGGUCCAGGCGAGGCUUCCCAAAACAAAUGUUGCAGAAUUUCUCCAACAAUUCAUAACCACUAAAGAUAUGGAAUCAACCCCAGGACAAAAAAGAUCAAGACCAACAACUCCAUAUAGAGGUGCAGAACUGCAUCUGUUUGCCGCGACGUUUGGGUCUCCCAGAAGGAAAGGACUGAUGACCCCACAAAGACAGAGAACCAAGAGAAGAAGAAGAUCUUCCAUUAUAGAUGGGAAAGUUGUUUACGAUGCAACGUACAUAGGACCGGUUACUAUAGACUACUUGCGAUAUUUUUGCCAGAAACUGAUUGAAGAAAGGGACAGAAUUGAUAAAAAGAAGAAAGAAAUUGUUCAAAGGGUAGAGACUGAACGAGGAUCUCUGCGUCUGUCAAUUCAAAGUAGGCCAAGCUUAGCUCCCGUGGAAGUACUGACCCAACGUAGACUGUUGAUGGAAUUUCCAGGUCUCACACCAGAUCAUCACCCGCAAUCACAACAAUCCCCUGAUGAGUUUAAUUAUUCACUACCACUUCCCAAGACCGAUCUUGGAUCACCGCCACAAUUCAAAGAGGUUGAAGAUGAUGAGAUAAAUCCGUUCUUGAAUGACAGCCUUGUAGAUGGUGGAAGCUCCUCUGGGGAUAGAACUCACGACUCAGUCGUUGGCAUUGAUAUGGUGGCGAUGCCUCCACGAUAUACCCCAUCGAUUCCGAAAUUCCCAAUUGCAGAGAGAGAAACAACCCUGACAAAUCGGCCACUCUCUUAUCUUGAGAGAAUUCUUGCAGCACAGGCAAAGAAGAAUCGACCAGUGGGGGAAAGCAAGCACGACGAUCUGGGACACGUAGUGUCUACGGGUGUUGAUAGACUUGGAGAUUCUCCUAGAACCCCUGAACAUAUAGACGAUGUAUCUGGCUCGGAAUUGGUAAUACAAAAUAUGACCACUCAAACUUCAAAAAUGGAAAUUAGAGACUUAACGAGAGACGCUACAAGUAUCGAGGAUGAUGAAGGUCGAUUAUCUCCGGUUGAUUUGACUUCGAUUGUCGGUACCUUGGAUGAUACUAGCGGAAAGAAGGAGCAAGAUAUUCAAACUAUUGAAGAAGUUUCUGUGGAUAAAGAAGAAAUAAUUCCUACGGAGAUUGAAGAGGUCGGAUCUGGUGAUGGAGAAGAUAUGUCGCUUGAUAUUGAGUCUGUUCAUGAUAUUUCGCCUCCUCCUUCUCCUCCUCGUGUAGAAAUACAAGAAGAGGAUCCUGAAGAAUAUUAUUCUGUGGAGGAAACUUCGCCAACAGAUGGGCUUUCUUUUGAAAUGCCAUUAGAUGUGGAAGAGGAAAUUGAACAAGUUGAAGAAAUUCCUGUUCAAGAUGAGCCAACUAAUGAUCUUGAUGACCCUGUUGAAGUAGAAGAUGCUAGUCAAAUGGAUGAACCAACUGUUGACGAAAAAGAUGAACAAAUUGAUGAGCCUUCUAUUAACCAAAUUGAUGAACUUUCUAUUCACCAUGAUGAGCCUUCUGUUAAUCAAAUAGAUGAACCUUCUGCUGAUCAAAUAGAUGAACCUUCUGCUGAUCAAAUAGAUGAACCUUCUGCUGACCAAAUAGAUGAGCCUUCCGUUGGCAUGGAUGAUCCUUCUCCUGACCAGAUUGAUGAAAACGAAGAAGUGGGUCCACCUUCAGAGGAUCUUCUUAAUACUGAAAAUUCUCUCCAAGACGAACUAUCAGAAAAUGAGCAACUUCUGGAUUCCCCAACUGGUCAAAGAGAUGAAAGAGAUGAACAAACUCCUGAAGCCCGUGACUCUGAAACCGAAAACUUGGACUUCCCCGAAGAUUUCGACAGUCCUGAAAAUUUGGACCUUCCUAAUACUCCUGAUUCACCUGCAAAUGAUUUGGAUUUAGAUGAAGCAUCUCUUAUUCAGGAUCAUUUCACACUCGAUAAUCUUAAUACUUCAACUUUGCUCGAAGAUUUGGAUAUUGUCAGCACAAAGUCAAAUGCUGAGCCUACGCAGGAUGUGAAUGAAACAACUUCUGAAGUACCUGAAUCUCCUGCAUCGCAACGUCAAUACGGUGUUCCUUCUAUGUUUGCUGAACCACGACCAGAGUCUCUGCGUGAAUCCAGCUUACUUCCCUUGGGAGUUAUCAACAAUCUCAUGAAAAAUGUUUUGAACACCACAACUCGUGGUUCUUCUAAAACACUCUCUCCAGAAGUUUUAGAUUACCUUCAACACAUCUCAGAUGACUUUUUGAAUAGCGUCGUAGAUGACUUGGAAGAUUAUUCCAAGCAUAGAACGCGUGGGAAGGGGAAACAAAUCAAUGUCAAGGAUGUUCUUUUAUUUAUGAAUCGGACUAACUUUGUAGCUAAAACUCCGGGUGAACGAGAAGAUAGAGCUAGUGAAAUCAGUGCAAUCUCACGGUUGGCUCAUAAUUUCCUACCACUUGAGCUUUUGCUCGGUUUAGAAAAUAGUUUGGAAAACUCAACUGAUCUCAGGAAGAAGAAGAAACCGGUUCGUGGUAAGAAAAUGAAGAAAGUUGUAAUUCAAACAGAUGAGGACCCAACUGUGGAAACAGAAUUUGAAAGGACAGCUACCAAUUCUAGGGCGGACCUGCUAGAAGAGUCGCAGGAUAUCCCUGAAAAUACGGAUGAUGAUACCAAUCUCGAUACACCCGACUUCGAAAAAGUGACGCAGGAUGAAGAUACAUCAAAUGAUCUGGAAAUUACCAGCACUAAUCCCCGUUUUGAAUCACCCGUCCGUAGCUUGUUUGUGGAUGAAGAUUCAGAUUUCUAA